GACGGUGUUGGUUGGUGCCGUGUUGGUUGGCUCUUCCACGUCACGCCUUCCUCUAAUAAACAUUAAAAUUAUCUAAUGAGACUCUGUGUUCAGAAGGCUCAAAACCAGCUACUGCUGACUCCUUCAAUCUUUCUGGUUUUGCGCUGUAGAAGCACUUGCUCUUUUGGAUCACCAUGACCUUACAGCAACUUGCUCAUGCACCAAAGUUUGGAAAUUGGGAUGGCGAAAAUAUUCCAUAUACUACAUAUUUUGAGAUGGUGCGCAGAGACAAAGGCGCUGGAUCAAAGAUUCUUAACCCAAAUGAUCCUGAAGAAAAUCCACAAGCUUACCAUCCCGGGACAUUUGCUCGAGAUCACAAACGUUGCCAAAAACACCACAAUGAUACAUCUACUGGUUAUCAUGUGGUGAAACAACAUCACAGGAAACAUAACAGCAGGGAAGAUGGUGAAUUUCAGAGAUACAUGGAAGCUCCACUGCCUCAUAGAUCUACUUUCCAGAGAGUCAAUAUGGGUCCACAGAGAAGCAGGAACCGUGGGAGCCGUCUCUCAGUGCCUAGCAGUGAUAAGAACAAUUCCGAUAACUCACUUCUGCAACCUCGACAUCGUCGCAGGACAGAUAAGGACUCAGCUGAAGGUAGUCAUGGCUUUUCACCAUUACCACUGCAUGAAGCUAUACCAGAAGCAGGAAACUCUCUAGAGGGCAAAGCUCCACAACGCAGAGCCCCGUCGGUGCCGAGAUUUGGUUCUUGGGAUGAGACAGAUCCCAAAUCAGCUGAGAGUUUUACGGUCAUAUUUAACAAAGUUAAAGAAGAGAAGCAGAUAGCUGCAACUAAAUUGCCAACACUUCCAGCCAAGACAAUGACGUAUCCAGAAAGGCAGAAUAACUCCAGUCACGCUUCCUCAAAAUCGAAGAUGUGUUGCUGCUUAUUUCCUACCGCUGCAGAAUGAUCAUCAACUGCAAGAAUGUUUGAUGAAUAUUUUCUUACAAGCUUCUCAUCCGAGUUUCAGACUGUACCCUUUACAUCAAAAGGCAUUUUGCCACCAUUUACAUCAAAAGAGAGAGAGAGAGAGAGAGAUUGUUUGCUACAGUGAGCAUAUACUUUGAUUUGAAAUCAUUAUCAAACAAGAGGAUAGCAUCCACUUGAGUAAGAAGAAACUGGGAUAAAGGAUUAAAGUUUUUUUGUAAUAAAAGUCUCCAAUAACAAAGAGCCGGGACAUGAAA